AUGCAAUCGAAUUCAGAUCCCUCGUUCGCAUCGACUUACCGCCGAUACCAGAGAAGGCUUGCGAAACAGACCGAUCUUGAAAUUUUGAAAGAGAGCGUUAAGACGGUAGGCAAAGAUUAUUGCGCGGAGUCGUCUAUCAGUGGUUUGAAACAUUUGGUUAAUGAUAAUACAUCGUUCUUGGAAAGAAUAAUAUGGAUAAUAAUAAUGAUAAGUGCGCUCAUCUGCUCCGUGUCGCUGGUAUGGUUGACGUUCAGGAAGUACUACAGCGCGCCGCUGGUGACCACGCAGAUGCCGGCCGGCGUGUCCGUCAGCAAGAUCAUAUUCCCAGCAGUCGGUAUCUGUUCUAAUAACAGGAUCAGUAAGCGAGCUAUCACCGAACUCGCGCGAAAACUGGUUAAAGAGGAGCGCAAUAAGAUGUACGAUGAAGAGGGAAUGCUGUCCCUUCUAGUGGGUCUUGGCUUGUUAUAUAACAUAGACCCGGUGGACGACGAGGUUGUGAAGCCGAUGCAACUGCACCGUGCGCUCGGCGUCUACGAUGUCAAUGAACUUAUGAGGAACUUGCAGUUCUCUGACGCAUACGACUUCCCAGAUGCUCCUAGUGGAAGUUUUUCUAUGCAAAUUAUCAGUCCAAAUGUGCAGAUGACCGUCCUAGUAACAGCAAGCUUUACCGAAGCCUCACGUGACAUACAACACGUCCCAGUGAAGUUACGUCAAUGCCUCUUCUACGACGAGUCCCAGUACCUACCCUUCUACACGCACAGCGACUGCAUGCUUAAAUGUCGGAUGUCCUUUUUACUAGCUAACUGUAAUUGCACACCAUUCAACAUGCCUAAGAUGCCGAAUACGAGGACUUGUGAUAUGAGAGACGUGCCCUGUCUGCGAAUUUACAAUGGUAAGAUAAUUGAGAAUUUAAUAACCGCACUGUGA